GUGUCAGGGUGAGAGCAUCCGUCGGAAAGUCAGACGGAAAGUCAGAGACCGCCUCUUCCCGGACUACCGCGCUGUAACGGAGAGUGGAUGGGUGUGGCUAUCACGGGCAGGAAGACCCGGGCUUGGCCUCAGCAGGCAGCCGGAGGGAGAAUCUGAGCCCAGGGCGUGGCAAGCAACGACAGCCGCAGACUUUUCCUCGGCGCCUUUCCAUUUCAUUCGUAGCAAGAGCAGGGAGCCGUAGCUGUCGCGUGCUUGCCUGGCUGUCCUCCGUCUGCCGAGUUUGCUCUCACGCCUCGCUUCUGUUCUUUGCCGGAUCGAUUCCCGAAACCAUGGCAAAGUAUACAAGAGGAACUGUGAAGGACUUUCCUGGCUUUGAUGCCAGAGCUGAUGCUGAGGCCCUUCGAAAAGCAAUGAAAGGCCUAGGAACUGAUGAAGAGCCAGUCCUGAAGAUUCUAACAGGCAGAAGCAAUGCUCAACGCCAGGAAAUUGCUGUGGCUUUUAAAACCUUAUUUGGCAGGGAUCUUGUUGAUGACUUAAAAGCGGAGCUUGGAGGCAAAUUUGAGACUCUGAUGGUUGCUCUGAUGAGACCUACACGGCUUUUUGAUGCCCACGCACUGAAGCAUGCCAUUAAGGGAGCAGGAACUGAUGAAAAAGUCCUGACUGAAAUUCUUGCAUCCAGAACACCAGCUGAAAUCCGGAAUAUAAAACAAGUUUAUCAGGAAGAAUAUGAAGCCAACUUAGAAGAUCAUAUAACAUCAGACACCUCUGGUUACUAUCAGAGGAUGCUGGUAGUUCUUCUUCAGGCUAAUAGAGACCCUGAUGGCCAUGUUAAUGACGGGCUAGUUGAGAAAGAUGCUCAGGAGCUGUUCAGAGCCAGUGAGCUGAAAUGGGGAACUGAUGAAGAAAAGUUCAUCACCAUCCUGGGGACUAGAAGUGUGGCUCACUUAAGGAAGGUCUUUGACAAAUACAUGACUAUCUCUGGCUAUCAGAUUGAAGAAACAAUCGACCGUGAAACUUCUGGUGCACUAGAGAAGCUGCUUCUAGCAAUUGUGAAGUGUGUCCGAAGCGUUCCUGCAUAUUUUGCUGAAUCGCUGUUUUAUGCAAUGAAAGGAGCUGGCACCAAUGAUAAUACCUUGAUCAGGAUCAUAGUUUCAAGGAGUGAAAUUGAUCUGCUGGACAUCAGACAGACAUUCAGGAGAAAUUUUGCAAAAUCUUUGUACCAUGUAAUUCAGAAAGAUACAUCUGGUGAUUACAGAAAAGGCCUUCUGAUGCUCUGUGGUGGUGAAGAUGAUUAACGUCUAUGGCGACAUGAAAGCCAGAAUCUUAACUCCUGCCUUGUGCCUCCUUCCUUUUUGUAUGGCUAUGCUAUUUGUUGGCAUUUAGAGCUGCAGCCACCUUUGCUUUUCACAUUGCUAUUAGAUGCAAUGUGUGUAUCAGUAGUAAAAUGAUAUAGUAACACUGUUGAGAUCCAUAUUAAACCCCUUACAUAGGAUUGGUGCUCCUUCCUGGGGAAACAACCUGUUUUUAAUUGAUACAGUUCUAUGUCACUCUAGUUUUGCACAAUGUAAGAUACAGGCUGCUCUUUAAAAAAAAUUAAGCUGGCUAGUUGGAAGUCAUUGAACUGGUUUCAAGCUAAGCUAGUUACAGCAUAGUCUGGAUCCAACCUUUUAUCUGUACAUUCCUAACUCAAAGAAUUUAGCAAAAAGUGCCUCUUGUUUAAAUGUAUCUCUUUUGUUUUGAAAACUAGAUUGGAAGCCAGGAAUCUGGUGUCUUUUUGUUUUGCAAAAAUAGAAGUGAAAUACAUUCCAAGAACAAAAAACAAAUUUCUUUUUAACCUGAACCAUAUUUUAGCAUCUGUAGUAAUCUGAAGAAAGCUUCUGCCUAGUGGCUUUGAAAUUGUGAACUAUGCAUGAUUUUCAUGUAUUGUAUGAUCUGGUGCUGUUAAAAGAAAUAAAAAGCCUACUAAAUGA